AUGCUCCAGGCUCACUCUACCUGCAAACUUUGGGAAGCUUCCAGCCUUGAAGACGCUCGUGCUGCACAAGCUGCCACUUCUCCGUCUCCCUUCUUCCUUCACCAGACUCGGAUCUCUGGAGACGCUUUUUCUGCUCGGGUGCAAGGAGGUGACAUUGGCGGCCUCAUCAAUCUCCAGACUUUCCGUCUCAAGAAGAAUUGCAGCGAGCAGCUGCCGUCAUCAUUCUCACAGCUGGCGUCACUGACCAGGUUGGAGCUGGAUUACUGCAGGGUGGGUGGACUUCCAGAGGGAGUGGGGAAGAUGGCAAAGCUGCAGGAGCUGUACAUUCGCAACUGCCGUGACAUUUCAGAGAUUCCAGAAUCUGUGUCCGGCCUUGUCAGCCUCCGGGUGCUCGUGAUAGUAAAAUGUUCCAGCCUCUCUGCAAUUCCCAUGACACUGGACAGCCUCACCAGGCUCACACAGUUGGAGCUGAGGGGAUGUGAGCAGCUGAACAAAGCCCCUCAGGCUCUGCCUCUCGCUCUCCAGAUUCUAUCGUGUGAAAACAAUGAGCAGGUGGUGCUGCCCUGCAUUUCACGGCUUUCUGAGCUCCGAACAUUGCUGCUGGGCGUUGUCGGUGCGAGAUGCCUACUGGCCAUCGGUUACCAUCUCUCUGGUCUGGAGCAUCUGGAGCUGGUGCUGGAGGAAGAUGCAGAUGAGUUUCUGUUCGCUUUGACAAGGCUUUCUCACCUCCGCUCUUUGACACUGAAGGAGGUGCGCAGCAUAAAGAAGCUGGUGGAAUGUGGUGGCUCCGCAUUGCAGGAGCUGAGGCAGCUGAACAUUCACACCACAUGUGAUGAACUCACGGAGCUGCCUGCGCCCAUCACCACUCUCGACCACCUCACAUCCAUGCAAAUCCAUGCGCCAAACUUGUCUUCUCUUCCGGAAACCAUUGGAGCAUUCUCACGACUGCGCAGGCUGGACUUAUCCAACUGCUCAUCCCUCGCGCGUCUCCCUGCUUCCCUCACGCAGCUCUCCUGCCUUCAUAUUUUGGAUGUCAGCAACACCCCCAUCCGAUUACUUCCCCCUGGCCUCGCUCAGCUUAGCAGACUGAGGUGGCUUAAUCUGCGUAACUGCAAGCAACUGGAGGCUCUGCCGAGUGACAUUGCGGAUUUCAGAAUGCUUGAUCUUCUCCUUACGAGAGGCUGUGACAAGCUCCAGAGCUGA